GAUGCGAGACAACGCAUCGGUGACUGCGAGAGGUUGUUAAAGUCCACGAUAGAUACUCCGCUUAUCAAACAAACAAACAAAAAAAACAACUCCCGAGUGAAAAAAAAUUGCUAAUUUGGAAAUGAAUUAAUAAUGUGUGACGGUUUAGCAGCAUGGAGGUUAUCGAGACAAUUGUGAUACAGAGUGCUGAAGUGGAAGCGAAGGAAACGGUCGUGUCCAGUGUGGAUACCGAUAAAACCAAAGCAGAAUUUAUAUGGACACUGCAGGCUACAUGGCACCUUGUCAACACGCGGCUGGAGAUGGAUCAGGCUUUUGACCAGCCAGUGUGCAAGAAGAAGAAACUCUGGGAGAUGGUGGCAGAGAAAGUGAACGCCAAGCUGAGGGAGUCAGAGGUCACGGACGUCACCGUGAAGGCCUAUGAGUGUGACCUCAAGUGGAGAAACAUGCUGGCCACGUACAGGAAGAACAGCGAGAGGGCCAAGAGGCUCGGGGCGGCCAGCGUCCACUGGGAGUUCUUCAAGGCCAUGCACGAGGUCCUGGGCAAGAGCAGUGAGGAGAUCGAAGCCCAGCGGAGGGCCAAGCUCAGCGGGACGAGGGUGGGCAAGGCCAUAGCCAGCAAGAGGUUCACCCCCAUCCUCCCUACACCUCCCGCAACAGCUGCUCCCUGCUCUGCCCGGCCCCCACAGGACAUCCUGCAGCUGUACAUGGAGCUGCAAGAGAGGAAGAUGAACAUGUGGGCCCAGCAGAAAGCCCUGGAGGAGAGGAAGAUAGAGGCCAUUAACAACCUGGCUCAGGCCAUCUCCAGCCUGGCUCAGAAGAACAACACGGACCCGUCGAAGGAUUAGUCCAGAAGGAGACGCGAUCUGAACUUCCACGUGUGUCAUCAGCUCAUACCAAAAAACUUUUAUGAUGCCACACAAGGAAAACUGUUGAAGUAUGUUUGUUAUAAAAAAAAAUGUUUAGAUCGGUCAUGUCCUACACAUUUCUUACUGUUACAGUUUUAAGAGUAGUCUGGAUAGGCUGAACUCAGAACUCCAAGCUGAACAUGACACAGCAGGUAGAGCACAAAGAGAGAUUGUUUCGCCAAAAUAAAUGGAAAUACAACAGUUCAGAAAUAGAGACACAGGGUGCAGAGCUUUCCUUCUCUGGUGGAUGUCAUCGUCAGUUAUUUUUUAUACCAAAUAGAAGACAAAAGAAUCCUCAUAAAUAAGGUUAAUAUGGGCAUGCUACCACCACUGUACCAGUCAUGUCAAAAGUCAGCAAACCUAUGCAAGAGUGUUGUUGUUGUGUUGUCUUUUUGUCAUGGGCCCUGGAAGUGAAUUAAUAAACUCACUGAAAUGAUCAUGGCAUGUUUAUGAUCAUUUGAUAAGAGAAGUGAGAGCAUCUAGUGGUGAGGGUCCACAUUGCAACCAAGUGAACACCCCCCUUCUCAACUUCUGCUACAUGGUCCCGAAAAAAUGCAAAAAAUAACUUUAAAAAGUGAAGAAGGAGCAGGUGAUUGGUUUGUCCUUUCAGGGCUACAGUCGGUAGUCUGUUCAUUCUAAGGUAAAAAAAUAAAUAAAUAAACAAACAAAAAAAAACAAUUCUCAGCUUUGGGUAAUCAUAUACUAAUGAAAACAUGACAACAUUAUAUCCAAUAUUUCUGACAUUUUGUUUGUAAAUCUUACUCACUGGACCUUCAGUAGGUACAGAUAAUAGUAUUAAUAGAGACGACACAGGCUGUUACAGUUACUGUAGUAUUAACUUCACCAUGUACUGUGUUCUAAUAAACGAUCCUGCAAUAAACGAUACCUUUGUAAAUAUUCUGUCCACCCCCUCUUGCACAUUUGGUGGUGGACAGAGUGUGAGACACA